AAGUAAUUCGCAAAUAAAGUUUCUUUUUAUUCAUAACUUUAUUCUCUGAAAUUUCGGGUGGAUGUCACUAUGAUUCGUCACUGCUCCAUUUAAUACCCUUUCGUUUGACCUCAUUCAUAAAAAUCUAUCGCUCCUGAGAGCCGGAAAAGCGAUCGUUACGGCGAAAAACUGUCGUAUUAUAUAAAAAGAUAGAUUAAUAAAUUCUUGUUAAUGAAAAUAUCACUUAUGUGACAUAAGUUAUGUCAUGAUAAUAUUAGAUUAAUUUAUCCAGAUGGUUAUUGAUUACGGUAUCUAAGCAACCCCUAACACUUAUAAGUAUUUCGUUUGAUACUAAGCUGUAUGAACAUACUAAUUUCAUAAAGCUUGCCAGUUUCAUUGCGGCCAAUUAACUAUCAUGAGUCAGUACCAUGCGACAUGUAAAAAACCUAAGCGAAUAUAUGAUCCUCCAAUUUCAAAAACAGGUUUAAAAGAAAGAAAGUUAGAUAUUGAUUUAAAUCUAUUUGUUUUGCCCAGAAAACAAAUUGAAAGACCUGAAUUAUAUUACCAGAAUAAACCCUAUCCUUCGACAUCUGGGGUUUCGCAAGGAACUAAACGUAAAAAGAGCGCAAAAGAGGAAACUUUGAAAAAAUCAUAUACACAAUUAAGGAAAGAAAGGGAAGAAUUUCGACGAAAACUGGCAGAAUUAAUUCUGAUAACAGAAGAUGAACAAAACUCAACUGCUACAGAAUUCCCUUCUAAAUAUGAAAAACAAUUUCUUCGUUAUCAUUAUUAUAUUAAAUAUGGUUCUGAUACGAUGAAUGUUUCACCCAUGUCUAAGAAGUGGAUUAAAAACAUACUAAAAUUAGUUCCUAAAAAAAUAAGAAAUAAUGAAGAAAAAUUGAACAUACUUUUUAAGGAAAUACAGGAACUCUAUGAUUAUACUGUAAAAAAAUCUGUAAUUGAUUUUGUGCUCAGAGAUCCUUCAGAUGUCUUAUUUUUUGAGUCAAAGACUAAACAUACUAAACAGGUUUUGGGAGAUGUAGGCGAUGCAGCUAUGAAAAAAGGUUUUCAGUAUGGUUCAAGGAAAAUUCAAACUCGUCUUCAUGUUAUAAACCCCUUUCUGGCAAAAGUACUUGACCUUUGGAAUCAUGAAUAUAGCAAUCUCAGGUUAGUCAAUGUGGAACAAUUUAAAAAACAGAAAAAUUCAUUCUCUUUUGAGGAGUUUAUGUUUAGUGUUGGAGAACACGUUGCGAAUAUAAAGAAUCUUCUGGAGAACCAUUGGCUCCCAAAACUUCAGGAACUAUUUUUAAAAGAAUAUGGAAGUGGUAAUAUACCAUCAUCAAGCCAUAAAAAAACAAUGCACCAUUUUUAUGAGUGCAUUUCUACUUUAAUGUCGUACCAGUUACAAAUGUUGUGUCUCAAUUCAGUUGAGGAUUAUACAAAUUUCAUAUGUGACAUUGGAGGUAAAAAUCCUGGAUUCUUAGUGGCUCUAAAUCUUAAAAACAAGAGGAUACAAUUUGAACCAAACUUUGAUAAAUUUAAUAGGGCUAUAUUAGAUGUGUAUGAUUUGUUGGUAUUGGCUAUAAAAAGUGUUCCUCGUCUUGAAUACAUUCUUUAUAUGGACAUGACUCUACCCCCUACAUAUUUAAUGCCUGAAAUACCUAGUGAUAUUAUUAAUGAAAAGAAAGAAACUGUACUAACUUUAUUAGAAGAUCAGAGAAUCGGGCCAGAAUUAAGGGUCCAUGAUUUUGACAACUAUAUUGACUUGAUCAAUGGCGAUGCUGAAAUAGCUGUAAAUAAAUUCAUUGAGGAUAGCCAUACUUUUGAAGAAUAUAAAAGUUUUGUUUUGAAACUUAGUAAUCUCUAUUUGGAAAUUCCCUGUAAAAUAGAAAUGCAAAUAGAAAUGGGAAUGUAUAAAGUGCAAAGAGAAGAACUGAUCCAAUCAGUCAUGCAUUCAGCAGCAAAACUAAAAGAGAAGCUAAUUACAAAACUUAUUUCUGAUUACCAAGUCCUUUGCAAAAAUUUAGGAGAUACUUAUCAGGCUAUAAUUGAAAAACUUCUGGCAACACCUGCUAAUACUGCCGAAUUAAUGAAAUUAAUAGCUUAUGCCGACGAAGUUAAGAACAAAACCUUACUAGAAUUGGAAGAAAAACUUAAAAACAUCAUGGCCUAUAUUAUUUUUCUUUCAGACCAUAUCCCUUUAAACCCAAUGGAAAUCAAACAGAAUUCUGUUACAUUUUUACUGUACUUAAAGAUGGCUGAAGUGUUAGAAAUGAAUAAGAGUCGUGUUGAGAAGAAGAAGAUUGAAUUUCAAACCUAUCUUAAGGAUCGUAUCAAGGAAUUUGUUGAUGACUUAGAUGCAUGGAUGAAAGAUGUGGAUUUAUUGGAAACUUAUGGGAACAUUGAAGAGUUGGCAACAUACCAAGCUAAAGCUGCAAAUCUUGAAGCUAAAGUACUUGGAGCAAUAACAACUAUCGAUAAAUUUAAUGAAGAAGAAAAAUCUUUUAAUUGGGAAGAAUCAUUUUACCCAAAACGUAAACAGAUUGCCGACAAACUUGCUCCUUUCAAGAAACUUUUUGACAAUGCUUUGGAAUUCACUCUUAAGCAUCAAGCUUGGACCACUUCACGAGUUGGAUCACAUGAUCCUGAUGAAAUUGAUCAGGAUACUGGAACAUAUUUCAGGAAUAUUUAUAAGCUGGAAAAGUUUUUUAGUGAUUUACCAGAGCCUAAAAGGCUUGCUCAAGCUGUUCGAGAAAGAAUAGAAGAGUUUCGUGAACAUAUGCCUUUAGUAAUGACUUUAGGAAACCCUGGCUUAAAGGAAAGGCAUUGGGAAAUGAUUUCAGAAAUUGUCGGUUUCCCAAUGGUUCCAGACGAUGACCUAACACUUGCAAAAAUUUUUGAAUUUGGUAUUGAAGAAUAUGUUAGUAAAUUUGAAACAAUUAGUGAUGCAGCUACAAAAGAAAAUAAUCUGGAAAAGGCACUAGCGAAGAUGGUUAAUGAAUGGAUGGAUAUGCAAUUUUCUGUUCUGGAAUAUAGGGACACUGGAACAUUUAUUAUUAGUAGUGUUGAUGAAAUUCAGUUAUUACUUGACGAUCAUAUUGUGAAGACUCAGACAAUGAAGAAUUCACCCUACAUCAAACCAUUUGAGCAACAGAUAUUUGCAUGGGAAGCAAAAUUAAUACUAUUACAAGAAAUUAUGGAUGAAUGGCUUAAAGUACAGUCAACUUGGUUGUAUUUGGAACCUAUAUUUUCUUCUCCUGAUAUUCAACAACAAAUGCCUGAAGAAGGAAGAAAAUUUAGUGCUGUUGACAAGAUAUGGAGGGAUAUCAUGAAAACUGUUAGUGGAGACUCUCAUGUAAUGGUUGUGGUUGAUAUAGACAAGAUGUUAGAUAGAUUAAAAAAAUGUAAUUUAUUGCUAGAAGUGAUUCAGAGAGGAUUGAAUGAAUAUUUAGAAAAAAAGAGAUUGUACUUCCCGAGAUUUUUCUUUUUGUCAAAUGAUGAACUUCUUGAAAUUUUAUCAGAAACAAAGGAUCCAACAAGAGUACAACAAUACCUGAAAAAAUGUUUUGAAGGAAUCGCUAAAUUAACUUUUACUGAUGAAUUAGAAAUAACACACAUGAUAUCUUCUGAAAAUGAAGUUGUUCAUCUUGUUGAUAUAAUUAGUACUGUACAAGCACGAGGGCAAGUUGAGAAAUGGUUAUUAGCAUUGGAAGGAGACAUGAAAAAAAGUGUUCAUCAGGUUCUAGCAGAUUCCCUUUUAGCCUAUCCUAAAAAAGCUCGCCAUUUAUGGGUAAUGGAUUGGCCCGGGCAAGCAGUUUUAGCAGUUACCAGUACUUAUUGGACUACAGAGGUACAUACUGCAAUCCGAAAAAAAGCAAUCACUAGAUACAAAAAUCAGUGUAAUACCCAAAUAGAUAAAAUUGUUGAACUAGUUCGAGGAAAACUUUCUACUCAGAAUAGAACUACUUUAGGUGCUCUGGUAGUAAUUGAUGUCCAUGCUCGUGAUGUUGUUGGGCUGCUGGAAGCUGGAAAAAUUGCAAAAGAUGAUGAUUUUCAAUGGCUUUGUCAACUUCGUUAUUACUGGACUGAAAAUAAUCUUACAGCCUCAAUGAUCAAUUCUUCUUUGAGGUAUGGCUACGAAUAUUUAGGGAAUUCCCCACGUCUUGUUAUUACACCAUUGACUGAUAGGUGCUACAGAACAUUGUUUGGUGCUCUUCAUUUGCAUUUAGGGGGUGCCCCUGAAGGCCCAGCUGGGACAGGAAAGACAGAAACAACAAAAGAUUUAGCUAAAGCAGUUGCCAAGCAGUGUGUUGUAUUUAAUUGUUCUGAUGGCUUGGAUUAUAUAGCUCUAGGAAAAUUUUUUAAGGGAUUAGCAGCUUCGGGAGCAUGGUCUUGCUUUGAUGAGUUUAACCGUAUUGAUCUUGAGGUGUUAUCUGUAGUAGCUCAACAGAUUUUGACUAUACAAAGGGGAAUUAUGUCUGGUAACCCAAAGCUGUUGUUUGAAGGUACAGAACUUACUCUGGAUCCAACUUGUGCUGUGUUUAUUACCAUGAACCCUGGCUAUGCAGGACGUUCAGAAUUGCCUGACAAUUUAAAGGCUCUGUUUCGUUCUGUAGCAAUGAUGGUUCCAGAUUAUGCUAUGAUUUCUGAAAUAUAUUUGUACUCUUUCGGAUUUGUAAAUGCAAGACCAUUAGCUGUGAAAAUAGUUGCUACCUACAAAUUAUGUUCAGAACAACUUUCAUCACAGCAUCAUUACGAUUAUGGUAUGAGGGCUGUGAAGUCAGUAUUAAUAGCUGCUGGAAAUUUAAAACUGAAAUAUCCUACAGAAGUGGAAGAUAUAAUAUUGCUGCGGUCUAUAAAGGAUGUCAAUAUUCCGAAAUUCCUAUCUCAUGAUUUGCCUUUAUUUGCGGGUAUUACUUCAGAUUUGUUUCCCGGUAUCACCUUACCACCUCCUGAUUACACUAUUUUGAACAAAGCUUCCUAUCAAGCCUGUGCCAAAGCAAAUGUACAGUGUACUCCUUUCUUUCUUGAAAAAAUUCAACAAAUAUUUGAGAUGAUGAUUGUACGCCAUGGCUUCAUGAUUGUUGGUUUGCCCUUUAGUGGCAAAACCACUGCUUACAGGAUGCUUGCCGAUGCUCUUGAAUUGAUCGAAGAAUGGGGUGAAAUGGAUGAGCAUAGGGUUGAAAUUACUGUUAUCAAUCCCAAAUCUAUAACUAUGGGUCAAUUAUAUGGUCAGUUUGAUCUUGUUUCUCAUGAAUGGUCUGAUGGAGUUUUAGCUGUCAGCUACAGAAAUUUUGCUACUUCUACAAAUCUUAAUAGGAAGUGGUUAGUAUUUGAUGGCCCUGUUGAUGCAGUUUGGAUUGAAAAUAUGAAUACAGUGCUUGAUGACAACAAAAAGCUAUGCCUUAUGUCUGGUCAGAUCAUAGAUUUAGCUCCAACUACAAAUCUCAUCUUUGAGCCAAUGGAUCUUGAUGUCGCUUCUCCAGCUACUGUAUCUAGAUGUGGCAUGAUAUACAUGGAACCUACUGCUCUUGGUUGGGAAUGUCUUGUUAUUUCUUGGAUGAAUAAACUUCCUCCAGGCUUUGAAAUCCAUGUCAAGACUGUUAUUAAAGAUCUUUUUAUGCGAUUUAUUCCUGUACUGUUGUUUUAUUUAAGACGUGGAAAUGCAAAGGAAAUAUUUCCUGCAUCUGAUUCAAAUCUAAUAAAAGGAGUGAUGAAUCUCUUCGACUGUUUUAUGGAUGACUUCUAUGAUGAGAAACACUUGGAAUCCCUUUCUGAUUUGGAUAUUCGUGCUCAAAUGGAGGGUGUUUUUUUCUUCUGUUGUUUAUGGGGAUUGGGAGGAACUCUGGAUACGAAAACUAGAGAAACUUAUUGUGUUUUAUUCAAUGGACUCUUACAGAAACAAUUUCCUCCUGAAGUGCAAAAGACUUUCGGCCUCCCUAACGAACUAGUCACUCAACCAAAGAAAAACUAUAUUUUCCUCCCUCCAUCUCAUGCAAAUUUGUUUGACUAUAGGUAUAUAAAAGAGGGAAAAGGCAAAUGGAAACUAUGGGCAGAUGAUUUAUUAUUGGCACCACCUAUACCACGUGAUAUACCAGUCAACCAGAUUAUUGUAACUACUGUUGAAACAAUAAGAUCUAUGGCAUUAAUGCAAUUAUUGGUUUGCCAUGAAAAACAUUCUAUGUUUGUUGGUUUAACUGGUACUGGAAAAUCAGUUUAUAUAGUGAAUUUUCUUUUGAAAAAAGUUGAUAAUGAGAUUUACAAGCCAUUAUUCAUUAAUUUUUCAGCACAAACAACAGCCAAUCAAACUCAAGAUAUUAUCAUGAGUAAACUUGACAAACGAAGGAAAGGUGUUUUUGGGCCUCCUUUGGGUAAAAAGGCUGUUGUUUUUGUUGAUGAUGUGAAUAUGCCUAUGAAAGAAGAAUAUGGUGCUCAACCUCCAAUUGAACUCUUGCGUCAGUGGCUUGAUCAUUGGAUGUGGUAUGACAGAAAAGACAUUUCUGCCAUCAAGCUAGUUGAUAUUCAGUUGAUGACAGCCAUGGAUCCUCCAAGUGGUGGAAAAUCAGUAACACCAAGAUUCUGGCGUCAUUUUAAUAUUACUGUUCUGAAUGAGUUUACUGAUGAAACAAUGGUGAUGAUAUUUAGUAAAAUUAUGUUAUGGCAUCUUGAUACCAGGGGUUUCAGUAAAGAAUUUGAUCCUUGUAUUGAUCAAAUUGUUGGAGCUACCCUUUCUGUAUACAAAUUAAGUUUACAAAAUCUUCUUCCAACACCAGCCAAAUCUCAUUAUUUGUUUAAUUUAAGGGAUUUCUCCAGAGUUAUUCAGGGUGUAUUACUCUCAGUUCCUGAAGCCAUGGAAGACCUUAAGGCAAUGAAACGACUGUGGGUCCAUGAAGUUCUUCGUGUAUAUUGUGAUAGACUUGUUGAUGAUCAUGAUAGAAACUGGCUUGUGAGUACUUUGCAUGAUGUUUGUCAUAAUCAUCUGUUAGAAGAUAUGAAUGAACUUCUCGCCCAUUUAUGUACCCCGCCAGAAACUGAGGUUACUGAAACUGACCUUAGAAAACUUAUGUAUUGUGACUUUGCAAACCCUAAAGCUGAUCAGAGAAAUUAUAUAGAAGUAAAUGAUUUUGUAACUCUUACAGAAAUUGUUGAAGGAUACCUGAAUGAAUACAAUAAUAUGAGUAAAAAACCUAUGAAUUUGGUUUUGUUCAGAUUUGCUAUUGAACAUUUGUCUCGGAUCUGUCGCAUAAUGAAACAACCUAGAGGUCAUGCACUUUUGGUUGGUGUUGGUGGUUCCGGAAGGCAGUCCUUAACAAGGCUUUCUGCUCAUAUUUCAGAAUACGAUCUCUAUCAGGUGGAAAUUUCUAAAGCAUAUUCUAGUAAUGAUUGGCAUGAAGAUGUUAAAAAUAUUUUAAGAAAAGGAAGUGCAAGCGACCAGCAUGUCGUGUUGUUAUUCACUGACUCACAGAUUAAAGAGGAAUCUUUUGUUGAAGAUCUUAAUAAUUUAUUGAAUUCUGGUGAAGUUCCUAAUAUUUUCAACAUGGAUGAGAAAAUCGAAAUAUGUGAAAAGAUGAGACAAAUUGACAGACAAAGAGAAAAGUCACAACAGACUGAUGGAAGUUUAGUAGCAUUAUUCAACUUCUUUUUACAAAUAGUAAGAGAACAGUUACAUAUAGUUCUUGCCUUCAGUCCUAUAGGAGAUGGAUUUAGAAAUCGUUUAAGAAAGUUUCCUGCAUUAGUGAACUGCUGCACUAUUGAUUGGUUUCAGACAUGGCCUGAAGAUGCUUUAUUAGCUGUAGCUAAAAGAUUUCUGUCUGAAAUCAAUUUGUCUGCGAAAGAACGAGAAGCCUGUAUUGAUAUGUGUCAAGAUUUUCAUAUAUCUACUCAAACACUCGCUGAAGCUUAUCUUGGACAAACUGGAAGGCACACAUAUGUCACUCCUACUUCCUACUUAGAGCUUAUAAAUACUUUCAAAGAUCUUAUUGGAAAAAAAAGAAAUGAAGUCAUGGUUGCUAAAAAAAGAUAUGAAGUAGGCUUAGAAAAACUUGCAAGUGCUGCUGCUGAAAUUAGUAUCAUGGGUGAAAAUUUAAAGAAAUUACAACCAGCUCUUCUGCAAGCAGCUGAUGAUGUUCGACAGACUGUUACAAAAGUCGAUAAAGAGAAAGAAGAUGUCGCUAAAGUUGAAGAAGUAGUAAAAGGAGAUGAAAAAGAUGCCAAUGCUCAAGCUGAAGCUGCUCAAGCUAUAAAAAAUGAAUGUGACGAAAAUCUUGCUGAAGCUAUGCCAAUAUUGGAUGCUGCGUUGGCUGCACUGAAUACUCUAACGCCUGCUGAUAUUACAGUGGUCAAGAGCAUGAAAAAUCCUCCUCGAGGCGUUAAACUUGUGAUGGAGGCAAUAUGUGUGAUGAAGGAUAUUAAACCAGACAGGAUUCCGGAUCCAGACGGUUCUGGUAAAAUGGUUGAAGAUUAUUGGGGUCCUUCUAAAAGGGUUCUUGGCGACAUGAAAUUUUUGGAAGGUCUGAUUAAUUUCGACAAAGACAAUAUUCCUCCACGUAUUAUGAAGAGUAUUACAGAUAGGUUUCUCCAUAAUGCUGAAUUUGAUCCUGAUAAGAUUAAAACCGCAUCAACUGCAGCUGAGGGGUUAUGUAAAUGGGUUAUUGCAAUUUCUAAGUAUGAUAAAGUUGCUAAAGUUGUGGCUCCUAAAAAAAUAGCAUUAGCUAAAGCAGAAGAGGAAUAUAAAGUUGCUAUGACUGCUUUAGAAGCUAAACGAGCCCAAUUGAGAGAAGUUCAAGCAAAACUUGCCAAACUUCAAGCUGUUCUGGAAAGCCAAAAGUCUAAACUAGCUGCACUUCAGGCAGAUACAGAUCUAUGUACCCUCAAACUUCAGAGAGCACAAGAAUUGUUGGGAGGUUUAGGUGGAGAGCAGACAAGAUGGCGUCAUACUGCUGAAUCAUUGGGAAAAAAAUAUUAUAAGCUCACAGGUGAUGUUUUAGUGGCUUCAGGAGUUGUGGCAUAUCUAGGCCCUUUUACAACACAGUUUAGGGCUAAUCAAAUUGUCGAUUGGGUAGAAAAAGUUAAAUCUUUCAAUAUUGUUUGUUCAGAUGAUUUUUCAGUUACCAACACUCUUGGCGAACCUGUUGAAAUCAGAGCUUGGAAUAUAUUUGGAUUACCAAGUGAUGCGUAUUCAGUAGAAAAUGGGAUUAUUGUCAAAAAUGCUAGGAGAUUCCCUUUAAUGAUUGAUCCACAAGGACAAGCUAAUAAAUGGGUUAAAAACAUGGAAAAGUCUAACAAUUUAGGUAUUAUCAGGUUAUCACAAACUGAUUAUGUUAGACUUCUUGAAAAUGCUAUUCAAUUUGGACAGCCAAUUCUUUUAGAAAAUAUUGGUGAAGAGCUAGAUGCACUUUUAGAACCACUGUUACUGAAGCAAACUUUUAAAGCUGGAGGAGCUUUGUGUAUUAAAUUAGGAGAUUCGAUUGUUGAAUUUUCUGCUGAUUUUAGAUUUUACAUUACAACUAAAUUACGUAAUCCUCAUUAUUUACCUGAAAUAGCAGUUAAAGUUACUCUUAUUAAUUUUAUGAUUACUCCUACGGGGUUAGAAGAUCAGUUGCUUGGUAUUGUUGUUGCUAAAGACAGGCCUGAUUUAGAGUCUGAAAAAAAUCAGCUGAUUGUUUCUGGAGCGGAAAACAAAAGAAUGCUAAAGGAAAUUGAGGACAAAAUCCUUGAAAUUUUAUCAUCAUCUGAGGGUAAUAUUUUGGAAGAUGAAAAUGCAGUGAAUGUGUUAAGUUCUUCAAAAGUAUUAGCCAAUGAAAUAGCUCAGAAGCAAGCUGUUGCUGAAGUAACAGAAAAAUCAAUUGAUGCUACUCGAAAACAAUAUGAACCAAUUUCUGUUUACACAACAGUACUAUUUUUUAGUAUAACUAAUUUAGCAAAUAUAGAUCCUAUGUACCAGUAUUCUCUUGUUUGGUUUGUCAAUCUCUUUAAAAUGGCCAUUGAUAACACUGAAAAAUGUGAUGAUGUACCAAAAAGAAUAGAAGAACUAUCCAAAUAUUUUACUUAUUCCCUUUAUGUAAAUAUAUGUAGAAGUCUGUUUGAAAAGGAUAAACUGCUCUUUUCUAUGAUUCUUGUUAUUAACUUGAUGUUUAAAAGAAAUGCCGUAUCUUCAGACGAUUGGAUGUUCUUGCUCACUGGUGGAGUUGGCUUGGACAAUCCAUUCCCAAACCCAUCAACAUGGCUUCCUCAAGUCUCCUGGGAUGAAUUAUGCCGGCUCUCUGAUCUGCCUUCAUUUAAAGGAUUGCGAGAACAUUUUGAACAAAAUACAGAUAAGUGGAAGCAACUGUUUGAUUCAUUAGAACCUCAAAAUGUGGACUAUCCUCAUCCAUGGGACACCUCUCUUACACAAUUUCAAAAACUUUUGAUUUUAAGAUGCAUUAGAUCAGAUAAGAUGCUCCCGGCAAUCCAGAUUCUUGUUUCUAGCGAAAUUGGCAAAGCCUUCAUUGAACCCCCCGUAUUUGAUCUCCAGUCAUCAUUUGCUGAUUCUCACAGUUGUAUACCACUCAUCUUUAUUCUGACACCAGGUGCUGAUCCAACAGUAACAUUGUUGAAAUUUGCUGAUGACAUGGGAUUUGGUGGAAAUCGUUUGAAUUCUCUGUCUUUAGGACAGGGACAGGGACCUAUUGCCAUGAGACUUAUAAAUGAUGCCCUAAGAACUGGUACUUGGGUUGUUCUACAGAAUUGUCAUUUAGCAAAGAGCUGGAUGCCGAACUUAGAAAAGAUUUGUGAAGAACUUACUCCAGAUUCUACGCAUCCUGAUUUUCGUCUUUGGCUAACUUCUUAUCCUGCUGAUCAUUUUCCUGUUCUGGUUCUUCAAAAUGGUGUGAAAAUGACAAAUGAACCUCCAAAAGGUCUACGAGCCAAUAUAACAAGGUCGUUAUUAAGUGAUCCUAUUGCUGAUGUUGAGUUUUAUGAAGGAUGUAAACAAAACGCACCAUUUAAAAGAUUACUGUUUGGUUUGUGUUUUUUUCAUGCAUUAGUACAAGAGCGUAGGAAGUUUGGACCUCUUGGUUGGAACAUUCCAUAUGAAUUCAAUGAAACAGAUCUAAGAAUUAGUGUACAACAGUUACAAAUGUUUCUAAAUCAAUAUGAUGAUGUGCAAUAUGAAGCUCUAUGUUAUUUGACAGGAGAAUGUAACUAUGGUGGUAGAGUUACUGAUGAUUGGGAUAGAAGAACAUUAAAUACUAUAUUAAGAAAAUUUUAUUGCCCACCGAUUCUAGAUACUGAAAAAUUAUACAAAUUUGAUCCUUCAGGAUUGUAUUACUGCCCAAAAGCAACAUCUUAUGAGGAAUAUCUGAAAUAUGUGAAAACUCUUCCUUUAAUUACUAGUCCUUCUGUGUUCGGAAUGAAUGAUAAUGCUGACAUAAUGAAAGAUCAACAAGAAACACAACUUAUAUUUAGUAGUAUUCUUCUUACACAGGAAACUGCCAAAGGUGGUGCAAGUGCAGAAGGACAGGACAAAGUAGUUUUUGAUGUAUCGAAAGACAUAUUAGGAAAAUUACCUCCAAAUUUUGACUUGGUUCUUGCAUUGGAAAAGUAUCCUACGUUGUAUAAUCAAUCAAUGAAUACAGUUCUAGUUCAAGAGAUGGGAAGGUUUAAUAACCUGAUCACUGUUGUACGAAACAGUUUGCGAAACUUGCAGAAAGCUAUUAAAGGUCAAGUAGUAAUGUCUUUUGAAUUAGAAGCUGUCUACAAAAGUGUUCUUAUUGGAAAAAUACCUGCUUUGUGGAAUAAAGUUUCUUAUCCAUCCCUUAAGCCUCUUGGGAGCUACAUUAAUGAUCUCUUGACUAGACUAGAGUUUUUAGAGAAAUGGUAUCAGCAUGGACCCCCUGUACUUUUCUGGCUCUCAGGAUUUUUUUUCACUCAAGCAUUUUUAACUGGUGCACAGCAAAAUUUUGCUAGAAAGUACAAAAUACCAAUUGAUCUGUUAGCUUUUGAUUUCAAAGUAAUGGUCGAAACUGAGCUAGAUAAACCACCCGAUGAUGGUGUAUAUGUUGAUGGCAUGUUCAUUGAAGGUGCCAGAUGGAAUAUGGAUAUCCAAAAACUCGAUGAAUCUCUACCUAAGGUUCUCUUUGAUAAAAUGCCUAUACUCUGGCUUAGACCUAUAAGAAAAUCAGAUCUAAUAAUGGGAACUCGAUAUAUUUGCCCACUUUACAAAACAGCUGAAAGGAGAGGAGUUCUUUCUACUACAGGUCAUUCCACCAACUUUGUCAUUGCUAUAUUUUUGGCAACUCAAAAAAAUGCUACUCAUUGGAUUAUGAGAGGGGUCGCACUGCUCUGUCAGUUGUCAUUUUAAAAAUACAACUAAUAAAAUAAAUUUGUAAAACCUUGCUUAUGCUUCUUUAGUAGAGAUUUACUCUCUAAAUUUUAUAAUUGUGUUUUAUUUUGUAACCUAAAGUAAAAUCAUUACUUUAUGGAAUUGAAAUAAUUCUCAACAGAUAUAAGAAGAUAAUCCCAGGUCCU